UCCUCCUCUUCUUCUUCCUCCUCCUCCUCCUCUUCCUCCUCCUCCUCUAAACUGUGUAGGACUAAGGCUUCUUCCUGGCGUUGAAGCCAGAGCGGAGUUGGGCAACUUCCAACAAGCUCCUACAGGAAGAGUUCUGCACGCUUUGAAGGUUGCAACAGCAUUUAACUUCUGCCUCUCUCUGUCUCUUUCUUUCUCUUUCUCUCUUCCUUCACUCCGGAUCCGAUAGCAAAUGAGACCCUGAAGGCAGCAUCCCUCUUCAGAUGUCUCGUCCAUUCUUCGGGAAGUGGCCAGGCCUACGACCUUCUUCUUCAUCUUCCUCUUCUUCUUCUGAGAAGCCAGCCUUUUUGAAGUCGUGUAUCCCUCGGGAAAGCCAAGAAGGGGAGAGAGAGAGAGCAAAGUUGAGAUGAGCUGAUCUACCAACUCCUAAAGAAAGAUCCAGGGAACACAAAAACACAAACACGACAGGAAGUUUCCCUUGCUUUUGAAAGACGACAUGGAUAUGAACUUCAUUCUCUUGCCAGGUCUGGUACUUUUCCUGACCUACAGAUUGUGACCAAAGGCCCCGAUUGGCUCUCUCGGGAUCCUGAAAGCAGGUUCUUUUUCGCUAAAAGAAGAGAGAAGCUGAAUCCAGAGGUCGAACGGGAACUGCACAAAGACCGUUAACGGACUCAGUGGCAGAAAACCUUAAAUCCUUUCUCUUGAAUCAUUAUUAUUAUUAUUAUUAAAGACGUUUACAGAUCAGAACUGUAGAAAGGAUUAAUGAGUCGGGCAGCUGUUAUCACACCGAAAGGAAAAGUACCGGACAGAUAUGAGUCAAAGAACAGACUCGGUCUCUUUCUUUUGACCGCGACCUAAAAGAUCAGGCAGGACUGAAGAUCCUUCUAUAAAUGCAUCCAUUUUCGAAAGCUGGGGAGGCACAAAACUCUAAGUUGGGAGGUGGGACGACUGCGGACAAGAUGUUUCCUGAUUCGGGACAACCGGACGGCAUCUCGCCCCGAAAGGAUGUGCAUCCACGCGCCUUCCUCUCCACGAACGUCAUCACGAUAGUGGAAAAAUGUAUGAGUUCCAUGCAAGACGGCACUCAGAUGAUCAAACUCAGGGGCAGCUCCAAAGGUCUCGUCCGUUUCUAUUACCUGGAUGAACACAAGUCGUGCAUUCGCUGGAGACCCUCGCGAAAAAACGAAAAGGCUAAAAUCUCCAUAGAUUCCAUCCAGGAAGUAUGCGAAGGGAAGCAGUCGGAGAUCUUCCAGCGCUACGGCGACGGCAGCUUCGAUCCCAACUGCUGCUUCACCAUCUACUAUGGGGACCACAUGGAAUCCCUCGACCUGGUGUCCUCGAACGGAGAGGAAGCGCGGAUGUGGAUCACCGGCCUCAAGUACCUGAUGGCCGGGAUAAGCGAUGAAGACAGUCUGUCCAAACGACAGAGGACGAGGGACCAGUGGUUGAAGCAAACCUUCGACGAAGCGGAUAAAAACGGCGACGGCAGCCUGAGCAUUAACGAGGUCCUCCAAUUGAUGCACAAGCUGAACGUCAACCUCCCCCGCCAGAAAGUCAAGCAGAUGUUCAAGGAGGCCGACACGGAUGACAACCAGGGCACCCUGGACUUCGAAGAGUUCUGCGCUUUCUACAAGAUGAUGUCCACCCGGCGCGACUUGUACCUCCUCAUGCUCACCUACAGCAACCACAAGGACUUUCUGGAUCCCGAGGAUCUCAAACGUUUCCUGGAGACCGAGCAAAAGAUGAGCAACGUCACCAAGGAACACUGCUUGGAAGUUAUAAGUCAGUUCGAACCUUGUCCGGAAAACAGGCAGCAAGGAGCCCUGGGAAUUGAUGGGUUCACCACGUACAUGCGCAGCCCCGCCGGGGACAUUUUCAACCCCAAACAUUACCACGUCAACCAAGACAUGACUCGCCCUCUGAGCCACUAUUUCAUCACCUCGUCCCAUAACACCUACCUCAUGGGGGACCAGCUGAUGUCCCAGUCCAGAGUCGACAUGUACGCUUGGGUGCUGCAAUCCGGAUGCCGAUGUGUGGAAGUUGACUGCUGGGACGGUCCAGACGGCGAACCUAUUGUCCACCACGGCUACACCCUGACCUCCAAGAUCCUUUUCAAAGAUGUGAUCGAGACCAUCAACAAAUACGCCUUCAUCAAAAGCGAAUACCCCGUCAUUUUGUCCAUCGAAAACCACUGCAGUGUUGCCCAGCAGAAAAAGAUGGCCCAGUACCUGGUUGAAAUUUUGGGGGACAAACUGGAUUUGUCAACGGUCAACGUCAAGGACCCCAACGAGUUGCCUUCGCCGGAGAGCCUCAAGGGGAAAAUCUUGGUUAAGGGGAAAAAGCUUCCAGCCAACAUAAGUGAAGAUGCCGAAGAGGGCGAAGUGUCGGAUGAGGACAGCGCCGAUGAGAUGGACGAUGACUGCAAGCUAAUGAACGGGGACGCUUCUUCGAAUAGGAAACGAGUGGAAAACCUCGCCAAGAAGAAACUGGACUCUUUGAUCAAGGAAUCCAAAAUCCGGGACUGCGAAGACCAAAAUAAUUUUGCCGUCACCACCUUGUCGUCUUCGGGGAAAUUGGGGAACAAGCCUGAUCUUAAGAAGAACAAGCACGAGGAGAACCUGGAAUCUGGUGAAGACCCGAUCCUCAGCAAACGUCACAACCGAUCCCUGAUGGGAAGCUUGACCAAACGCAAGAAAAAAUCCAGCAAACUCAAGAGGACCCCGAGUUUGGAAGAUGGAGAAGACGACUUCGAAUGCCAAGGAAACCUAACUAGAACUUCCGUCCAUUAUAGCAAAACAAUUCGGCAAAAGAAAACGAUGAAACUCUCCCGGGCUCUCUCGGAUCUGGUGAAAUACACUCGAUCCGUCGGAAUCCACGACGUGGAAUCGGAAAUUUCUUCCAGCUGGCAGGUCUCCUCCUUCAGCGAAACGAAAGCUCACCAAAUCCUCCAGCAAAAACCGGCCCAAUAUCUCCGCUUCAACCAGCACCAGCUCUCACGGAUUUAUCCUUCUUCCUACCGGGUGGAUUCCAGCAAUUUCAACCCUCAGCCUUUCUGGAACGCCGGCUGCCAGUUGGUGGCGCUGAACUACCAAUCCGAAGGGAGAAUGCUGCAGCUCAACCGCGCCAAGUUCGGCGCCAACGGGAAUUGCGGCUACAUCCUCAAACCCAAGUGCAUGUGUCAAGGCAUCUUUAACCCCAAUUCCGAAGAUCCGCUGGCCGGCCAGAUGAAAAAGCAACUCGUCUUAAGGGUCAUCAGCGGACAGCAGCUCCCGAAACCACGCGAUUCCAUGCUUGGAGACCGAGGCGAGAUCAUAGAUCCGUUCGUGGAAGUCGAAGUGAUCGGAUUGCCCAUGGACUGUUGCAAAGAGCAGACCAGAGUUGUGGAUGACAACGGUUUCAAUCCGAUGUGGGAAGAAACCUUGGUCUUCAACAUCGGCAUGCCAGAGAUCGCCCUGGUGCGUUUCCUGGUCUGGGACCACGAUCCCAUCGGGAGGGAUUUUAUCGGUCAGAGGACGAUCGCCUUUACAUCCAUGAUGCCAGGCUAUCGACAUGUAUACCUCGAAGGUAUGGAGGAAGCUUCCGUCUUUGUUCACGUAGCCGUCAACGACGUUUGUGGUAAGGUCAAACCAGCGCUGGGCAUAAAAAGUCUGUUUCUCAGAAAUCCAAAGCAGGCCUCUCUCGACAGCCAUGUUGCUGGUCAGCUCAACCGCAAACAUUCCUUUAGCAGCCAACUUUUACGGCGGACGGCCAGCGCACCCACCAAGAGCUUAAAAAAGCCCAAGAUCGCCCUGGAUGCCCGAGACGAGAACUCGGAAGGAGCCGGCAACGAUUCCCUUCUGGAAGACGCCUCCCACCCUCGCUUUGACCAAGAAUCCGACCUCCCGUCCCCGGCGGCAUCUCCUUCCCGAGAAGGCGUCAGCCGCACGGAAGUGGACCCCAAAGGAUCCAAAGAUGUCCACCAAUUCUCCAUGCACCGGUCGGCCCCUUCCUUAUGCAGCCUGCAGACCAUCCACGAAGAGCCCUUCGUCGCCAGCGACAACCAGCCUUCCAGCAGUUCCUGCUUCCUUCUGCCCACCCGCCCCGCCAGCGACCCCAAAGAAGACUCCGUGCCUCGUCUUUUCCAGGAAGCCGUUCCAGAUGGACGCGACCACCGCCCCGGGCGUCUCGAGAGAACUCCUCGUUUGGAACAGCACCCCGCGAGUUCGGAGACGAUGCUCCUUGCUCCCAGCGUCUCGGAAGAGGAAGAAGGGAUGGGAAGCACCAAAGAAGGAGAAGGGUGGAUGAGAACUCCUUGCCACGGAGGUCUUCUCCAUUCGCAAGGGCAGCACAACCACGCGUCGGACAAUUGUUGGCUGCCCCCGGCUGGAAAUAGCCAGAAGAAGAAGACCGACGAGUUGGUUCCACAGAUGACAGGCGAUGAGAAGAGCAGAGUUGGACCGCCAAACCAAAGCGAAAGGGACAGUAGAAGCACCGUGCCGACUCCACUUCACACGGCUCCCAAAGGAACUGUCGCAGUCCCCGUGCCACCGACUGUCGUGAGGAGACCAAAGGAUGAAGGAUACAAGCGGUGUGACCACGGCAUCUCUCUCAAGCGUCCUGACGAUUGUUCUCCUGCGCCGGAGGUUUAUUGGGACGCUACCGUCCACGACCGGAUCUGGAGCAAGCUUGAUUUCACCACCCACAGAGACAGCAUGUCCUCCUCUUCUAGCAUGUCUUCCAAUGAUACCGUCAUCGACCUCUCCUUGCCCAACCUUGCCCGGAAAAGCCUCCCCGAUCUCGGUGCUCAGAAGACCUCGGAUGCCGCCGUCGUUGUCGUCGUCCCCCAGAGAAGAAUCGUCAGGCCGUGGUCCGCUAACGCCGCCUCUGGGCGCCAAGCCCCCACGGUGACCAAGAGCAAAUCCAACCCCAACUUGAGGUUGGAUCAACCCACGGAGGACGAUUUGUGCCCGAGGCCGCUCGGCUUCUCCUCGGUCUCCAGGAGACACACCUGGAACCGCUUGUACGUGGAGAGCCUCAAGCGGCCGUGCCUGGAGUCGGAAGAGCAGAAGAACCUCGGUCCCAACCCCGUGAAGUCCAAAAGCCUGGGAGACCUCACCUCGGAUGACAUCGCGGCCACUUCGGAGAGCAAGUACCGGAGCAUCCGCCGAAGUUUCGCCGCCCGUUCGGCGAGGGUCGGCCAGCAUCACGGUGGGGCCUUCAAGACUUCAGGAGGAUGUCCGGACGGGCUGACCGAGCGGCUGAAGAAACUCACCUUCUUCCAGCUGGAGAACGACAUCACUUCGCCCACCUGUCUGGAACCUCCCACGGCUGAGGAGGAAGACGAGGGAGACGAGGAAGAGACCGUCCUGAUCCGAAGGUCUUCUUCUCGGAGUCAAAGCAGGGUGAGGUACAUCGCCAACCGGGCCAGGCAAGCUCAAGAGAGGCAGAAGCUCAAAAGUUUGGCCUUGAACAAGGGGAGCCCCAUCGAAGAGCGGGGCAUCCCCGAAGGAGCCUGCUGUUUCCCAGGGGGGCCUUACACGGACCCGGCUUCCCCUGGCUUGUUUACAUCCCAACUCAAGAACCCGACGGGCUUGAACCCCGACACCGACGUCGUCUUGACCUUCAGACUCUGACGGUGGGAAGGGCUGAAACAGAAUCGAUGUUUACAUUGCUGUCGAACCCUCGUUCAAUGAGGGAGGACACUCCUCUUCCUCCUCUCCAUAAACCCCGAUCCCUUCUAGCACUGAUGAUGUUACCUAGUUGGGUAAUGAAACGCCUGCAAGAAAACUACUCCUCUUCCAAUGGACCACUUUAUGUUUGUGAGAAACAACAACAACAACAAUAAUAACUAUGAUAAUGCAGUCUGUAGCAUGUGUCACGGGGAGUGGGCAACUCCGAUUUUCCCAGGGUGAGAACCGAUCCUGAGAAGAUCCCACCCCCUCUCCGCGGUCCCUGGGAAGCACGUCCAAGGAGCUACGGUUCUUCCUUUCUUUUCUUCACCGCCUGUUUUUCUCCGUGCCCCUUCUCCCCCAGCCCUGGGAAGGAAAAAAACAACAACAACCCCGAAUCCCUGAGCAGUUGGCUCAGCCAUCAAUUGCAGCCUUAGCUUAAUUCACGACCAGGAGGCCGAGCAGCAAGGGCCACGGCUGGUGGGAUGGGAGCAAGCGCUGCCUUUUGCAAGGACCGGAAUCAUCCCUAAAUUUCUCUCCUUGCCCGUAGUUCCAGCGUCUUGAUUCUCCCCUUGGCCCAACAGCCUUUGCAAGGUUUCAAACAAGUGGCGUGCUGACCUGGGGGAAAUGACUUUUUAGUAGCCCCGUGGCAGACGGGUAUUGUUCUUGGUUUCUCUAGGCGUUCGCUAGGAGGAAGGAAGGAAAAAAAGAAAAGAAGGAAGGAAGGAAGGAAAGACUGUCGCCAACUUGGUUUCUUUAGGUGUUAGGAGGAAAGACGGAAGCAAAAAGAGGAAGGAAGGAUGGAAGGAUGGAAGGAAGGAAGGAAGGAAGGAAGGAAGGAAG